AUGGAUGACAAACAAACAGCAGAGUACUCAAGCAGUUCUAGUGAUGAGGAAGAGGAGGAAGAAUACGAAGAAGAAGAAGAGACAGUUAAAGAUGAAACAAAGCCUCAGAGCUCUAAUAAAGCAAGAGAAAGAGAAAGCACAAGCCACCAGGGCACAGGCACCCUUCUGAGAGGUCUGGACAAGCUCGGAAAGUCCUUAGGUAAAAUAGCAGACAAAUAUAACAAUGAACAGCUGUAUUUUAUUGAACUUAUAAGGAAAUAUGAUGUCUAUGAUACUCGAGAAGAUGGCCAAGUACUUGUCAACUAUAAUCCUCCUUAUGAAGUGGAUGUGUUACUAGCUCCUCAAAUUGCUCGAGCCAUUAAGCUUCACCAGAUUGGAGGUAUUCGCUUCCUCUAUGAUAACAUUAUAGAGUCUUUGACUCGAUAUGAGACCUCUGAUGGGUUUGGUUGUAUCCUAGCUCACUCGAUGGGAUUGGGGAAAACCCUACAAGUUAUCGCAUUUAUUGAAGUCUUUUUACGUAUGACUUCAGCAAAACUUGUCCUCUGUAUAGUACCUGUUAAUACAUUACAAAAUUGGCUACAAGAGUUUGACAAAUGGCUACCUGUUAGUGGAGGUAUGACAGAGGAAGGAGAGGUUUUUCCUCGUAACUUUACUCUCUAUAUGUUUAAAUGAAAUGUGAGAUCUAUGGAGAAUCGUUAUGAAAUUAUUACUCGUUGGUACAAAAUGGGUGGAGUUUUGUUAAUUGGUUAUGAAAUGUAUCGUCUUCUAGCUCUCUCUGUGCCAUCCAUUGGAGAGAUUCAACAAGCUCUAUGCAAGCCUGGACCAGAUAUGGUGAUAUGUGAUGAAGGCCACAGAAUUAAAAAUGAUGCUACUAACCUCUCACAGGCUUUAAAAAGGAUCAGAACAAGACGUCGUAUAGUGAUGACAGGCUAUCCAUUACAAAACAACCUCUUGGAGUAUUGGUGUAUGGUGGAUUUUGUCCGUCCUAAGUAUCUUGGAACUAAACAAGAAUUUUUGGACUUGUUUGAAAGACCUAUUAAAGGACAAUGUAUUGAUAGCACACCAGCGGAUGUACGGCUGAUGAGAUAUCGUUCUCAUGUACUACAUAGAUUAUUAGAAGGAUUUGUAUUAAGACGUGGUCAUGAAAUUCUUCAUUCUGUUCUCCCUCCAAAGUUUGAGCAUGUGGCUUUUGCUUCGCUUUCUCACACACAAAAUGUACUGUAUGAUUUCAAUGUGGUCCAGACCCAGAAUCACCCUGGAAAUUCUCUUAACACCAGUAUUGGACCCCUUAAAGCAUUUGCUGUGUGCACUAAAAUCUGGAAUCAUCCUGAUAUUUAUUAUGAACAAUCUAUUAACCAAAAGAUGCAGCAGGCCAAUUUAUUGUGGUUAGCUGAGGAAGGACUACCUCCUUCGCUUUCAUCUGAUACAUCGUGCAAGUUAGAAUGGCCUCAAUCCUCUCUGAUUGGAUAUGAGACUGGAAUUCUGGAGAAUGGACCUAAGAUGGUGAUUUUGUUAGCUUUAUUGGAGUUGUCUGUUGCUUUUGGUGACAAAGUAUUAAUCUUUAGUCAAAGUUUACCUGCACUGUCAUAUAUAGAGAAAGUUCUUUCUGAACGAGUUAUGCCCCUCCCUAAUUCUGGUGACAUCACUGGGUUUAUAGAAUGUCUGACGAAUAAGUAUGACAUCAUAGGACUAGAUGGCAGUACUAGUAGCUCUGAACGAGAUCGUUUAAUUAGUCAAUUUAAUUCUCCUAGUAACCUUAUCUGCUCAUUCCUACUCUCCACAAAAGCUGGUUGUCUGGGGGUUAAUUUAGUUGGAGCUAAUCGUGUUAUUGUUGUUGAUGUGUCUUAACCUUGCUAUGACUCACAAGCUGUUUGCAGAGUAUAUCGUUAUGGUCAGACUAAACCUUGUUACAUAUACCGGCUAGUAUCAGACUGUACAAUGGAGAAGAAAAUGUAUGACAGACAAGUCUCUAAACAAGGCAUGGCAG